AUGGACGAACUUUUCGAAGCAAAACGCCGCAAGCGUAAAGUGGAAUCAGCGCAUUUGGACGGUCCGACUCCUGCGUGGGCACAGCAGAUGCAGACCCAGAUGCAGACCCAGAUGCAGCAAAUGCAGACCCAGAUGCAGCAAAUGCAGACCCAGAUGCAGCAAAUGCAGACCCAGAUGCAGACUCAGAUGCAGCAAAUGCAGACACGCAUCACGAUCGAGUCCCAGAAAUCAAGAAAUUUUUCCCGUCGUUCCACUGCCGAUGCAAUUGCUCAAGUGAGUAGAGAGUUGGAUGGAAACACUCCUCGGGAUUAUAAUCAAUCCAUGUGGUUUCCAGCAGAUCAGAACCAGCUCUCACAGGCUACUGGCCAGGAACUUCAGGAAUUGCUUCUCUUUUAUGCACUUCCUCUGGAUGCGCGUGUUGCUGACAGACGCAAGCGCUUGGGAAACCACCUUGGAGUAGUCCUGUAA